AUUCGCAGUGAACGUUAGAUUCAACAGUCUGAGGCGAAAAUGGAGCAGGAAAGAUCAUUGACACAUUAGAUUCUAUUGCUUUACAAGGGAAUCUCAAUUCUCGAAGUUCUUUUCGCUGAACGUUAGAUUUAGCAGUCUGAGGCGAAAAGGAGCAGAAAAGAUCGUUGAAACAUAAGUGAACGUUAGAUUUAGCAGUCUGAGGCGAAAAGGAGCAGAAAAGAUCGUUGAAACAUAAGUGAACGUUAGAUUUAGCAGUCUGAGGCGAAAAGGAGCAGAAAAGAUCGUUGAAACAUAAGCAUGGUUUUCAAGUGAAUGUCCAUUCUCGAAGUUCUUUUCUGCAAAAUGAAGGUCAGAAGCCUGGUAUUAUACUUCAACUUUCUUGUUGCCGUAGCAGCAUCAAGCCACGAAUCCUACUGUCCAGCGUCCAUCCAUUCAGCAGGCGCGCGCAUAACUCAAAUUGACCUUGCCCUACAGAGCAAGCAUGUGAAAAAGCGUCUUCAGGGCCAAAGUCAGAUGUCAUGUAGUCAGCGGUGUCUGCAGCAAGACUGGUGUAUAUCGGUGAACUACGAAGUGUCUCGACCGGAAGGAGGGGCCUGCGAAUUGAACACAUACGGAGUCGAGAUGUUGGCCGACGCAAAUCCCAAAAACCCAGAGUUUAAAAGGAAAAAAGGAUGGAUAUACUCACAGUUAAGAUCCGCUCAGUUCACACUAAGCUUACAAGCCUGUAAAGAUGGUUCGUUUACUUGUUCGAAUGGAGGCACAUGUGAGAUUGACUGCAAAACUCUCGUCCCAAGAUGUAUUUGUCCGGAAGGCUUUUCUGGAGACAAGUGUGAAAAUCAUGAUAAUGAAUGUCAGAGCAGUCCAUGCAAGAACAGUGGGACGUGCAAGGACGAAGACAACGGGUACACGCGCGCAUGUGUACCUGGGUUUACAGACAAAAACUGCGAGACAGAUAUUAACGAAUGUGCUGGUGAUCCUUGUGCAAACGGAGGGACUUGUACCGAUGGAAUCAAUGGCUUCACGUGCACAUGUCCCGCUGGUUAUAAUGGAAGCACGUGCGAUAAUGAUAUUGAUGAGUGCGCAAGCAAUCCUUGUCAGAACGGAGCCACCUGCAAUGACGGCGUUAACAGUUACACGUGCUCAUGCAAGCCUGGGUUCACCGGCACAAACUGCGAGACGGUGGCAUGUUCUUCAAGUCCCUGUCAGAAUGGUGGAAGUUGUGCUGAAAAGGGUGGUGGUCUUUACGGGUGCACCUGCGCCUCUGGAUACACAGGGGCAAACUGCGAAACAGCAGUGACAUCUGGUGUUGGAUGCGUAUUGCACUUCACAACCAAAAGUACAUCCAACUAUAUCCAACUCGACCAGCCGUUUGGUUGGUUUGAUACCUUUUCAGUAUCAGUGUGGCUGAAAAUGGAUGCAGAUGACGAUAUUGACCCCGCUAUGAUACUCUCGUACGCAACGGCCUCGAACGUGGAAGCACUAUCAAUCGGUAUUAAGAAGGAUGGUGUCGCGGAGAUCAAGUUUGCUGGAGCAGGAGCGUUACUCGCAUCGGGCUUUACCCGUGACAACACUUGGCAGCAUCUAGUGUUUUUGUAUGGAAAUGAAAGGUUCCAAGUUUACAAGAACAAAGUCUUACAAGAGGAGAGAGAAGUUUCAGGUGUGGCUUCCUUAGACCCGGCAGGUAGUAUCUUAGUGAUUGGCCAACAUCAGGGAUCUCUUGGAGAAAACUUUGACCCUUCAAAGCUGUUCUACGGCUACAUGGCGAACCUAAAUAUCUGGGAAUAUGAUCUUAAUGAUUGGUAUAGGGGCAAAGCGUACGAGCAAGGGUGUACAGGCUCAGUUGACGUCAACCCAGCCUUGUCAUGGGAGACAAUUACCGGUAAAACGCUAUUGGGCAACAUACAACCACAAUGCGCACUAGCAUGCCCUUAAACGUCAAAACGGUUUGAUUGACAAUGCACUGUUCUCAAUACGAAAAAUGGGCGUUCACGGUUUCCUCCUCUAGGAACCAAACAUUUGAUUAUCUGACGUCAAAUGACGAAAGACAGCUUGCCUAAGGCAAGUCCCUUUUAUAGUGCGAGUUCGUGUUUAAAGUUAUGCCUAGUGCACACCAGUGACAUAACAGCAUAGGCGCGCGCACUCUUUUAAGCCCGAAAUAACGACAUGGACAU